AUGGAGGUACCCGGGAAGAAGCGUGACCCUGACCUUGACAAGGGUUCCGCUGACGCCACGGUCUAUUGCCAGCCCUGUGAAGAGGGCGGUAAACACGUUGUGGCCGAAGGCUUCUGUCAGACAUGCGAGGAGUACAUGUGUGCUUCCUGUAUCGAGUACCAUAAGAGAUUGAAGAUAUCCAGGAACCACGUUCUGCUGUCUAAAGAUAAGAUGCCCUCCUUCUACCCGUUCACCAAGCAGUCAGCUAUCGCCGACACGGAUUAUUGUAACAACCAUCCGAAGGAGAUGAUCAAGUUUUAUUGCCCGACCCACGGAGAACUUGGCUGUGGUGAAUGUGUCGUACUCGACCAUCGAAGCUGUAAAGUUGACUACAUCGCUGAUGUGGCUAAAGAAUUUGUCACUGGAAAUGAAUUCAAAGAGCUAGAACCAUCGAUUAAACGAGCUGAAGAUAUUUUAUCCGGGUCCAUUAGUAACGUCAAUGAUCUUUUUGGUGAUGUUAAAGACCAGUCUAAGGUUCAGAUGGAUAAACUGAGGAAGUUCCGUGCAGAAAUAAAUGCAUACCUGGACCGACGCGAAAAGGAGUUGCUCGACAACAUCGAGAAAGUCAAGACCGAGGAUGAGAACUUGCUGACUGCACUUAAGACCGAUUGUGAGCUGAUGAAAACCGGACUUGAGGCCAUUUGGACGGAAAUGACUUCCGGUGUCGUCUCAACGAACCAGCAGUACGUGGCGGCAAGGCGAGGCCAGAAGGAGCUACGGGGGAUUUAUGACGAGAUGGAGAAGAUAACUGGUAGAAUGAAGGCCCGGAAGUACCGGUUUACUAAGGACGCGGACACGGAGGGGCUGCUGAGAUCGAAAAUGGGCCUUGGAACACUGUACGUUGCGGGAGAGUUUCGAAAUAAGAUUUUUGACCCCUCCACUGUCACAUGGAAGAAUGAAGCAGACAUCCACGUCAGAGCGCCACAUGAUAAAGCAACCUGCUUUAUUUCCGGCCUCGCCCUGCUCUCUCCUGGUCUCUUCCUCCUGUCUGACUUUCAUAACAAUUGUGUCAAACUGGUGGACGUCACCAUCCGCAACGUCACAUCCCGCCUCGAACUGCCAUGCUGGCCCUGGGACGUAUGUGCGCUCCCUGAUGACCAGGCCGCCGUCACCCUUUCGGAAAAUAACAUAGUUCAGUUGCUGUCUACGAACAGAGGACAGUUGUCGCGUGGAAGGGAAAUAAAAGUAUCAUAUGAGUGUCGUGGUAUUGCGUAUUACAACAACAGAUUAUUUGUGUCUUGCAUAUCUAACCCGCGUAUUGAAGUGAUGACAUUGGAUGGUCAUAUUAUCAGAACAUUCCAAACAGUUGCUGGAAGACAGCUUUUCGAACACCCAUACUACCUGACAGUGUCAGCUUCCACACCACCGACCCUGUACGUGUCUGACUACAGUGCUCCCACCGUCCUCCAGUUGUCUCUAGACGGGAAUGUCCUACAAGAGUACAGUGACAAGAAGCUCCAAUAUCCCCAGUCCGUGGAAGAGGUAGGUCCGGGUCAGUUGAUCGUGUGUGAGAAUAUUAGCCACAACCUAAUGCUGCUGACGGAGAGGAAUGGCAAGAUGGCGGAAAUACUUGGACAUAAGGACGGAUUGGCCAAUCCCUUCUCUGUGUCUCUCUGUCCCCACACACGUACACUACUUGUCGGGAUGUACGGGAAUGACAUAUUGAAGGUGUUUAGUGCAAACUGA